AUGCAGCCGGCCCGCUGCCAGCUGCUGCCCCCGCCGCCCGCCGACAGCCCGGGCUGGCCGUCCGGGGAGGUGCGGCUGGCCGUGCGCCCCGCCGCCGCCCCCCGCCCGCGAGCCGCGCUGCGCAAGAGCCUGGUGGCCCUCGACGUCGCCUGCCUGCUGGCCGCCUCCAUUCCCUUCUUCCUCUGCGAGGUCAGCCUGGUCUCCCCCGUGCGCCGCGGCUUCUUCUGCAACGACAGCAGCAUCAGCUACCCGUUGCGUCGCGCGGAGACGGUCAGUGACUCUGUGCUCAUCUCAGUGGGGAUCCUCGUGACCUCUCUAGCGAUCACCCUCGGCGAAAGCUACCGCGUGCACAACUUCCCCCACGUUUCGCACUCCGUCGUCCGGAACCCUUACGUGGUGGCCCUCUACAAGGAGAUCGGGGCCUUCCUCUUUGGCUGCACGGUGGGCCAGUCGCUCACCAACAUGGCCAAGAUGGCCGUGGGUCGCCUCCGCCCGCAUUUCCUGGCCGCGUGCCGGCCCAACCUCACUCACAUUAACUGCUCUGCAGGAUACGUGGAACACUACAGCUGCACUGGCGGCCUCUCCGAGGAGAAGGAGGCGAGAAAGUCUUUCUACUCUGGCCACGCCUCCUUUGCCAUGUACUCCAUGAUGUACCUGGUGUUUUACCUGCAGGCCCGCUUCACCUGGCGUGGUGCUCGGCUCCUCCGGCCGCUGGUCCAGUUUGUGCUCCUGAUGCUGGCCAUGUACACAGGACUGACUCGCAUCUCCGACUAUCGACACCACCCGUCGGAUGUGGCCGUGGGUCUGCUGCAGGGAGCUCUGGUGGCCUACUGGGUGGCCUUCCAUGUUUCCGGCAUGUUUCACCACAAGGUCCGGCCCCACCACCUGCCCAACACCAUCUUGGACAGUCCCAGCUCAGAUGGCCACACUGAUUGCUAG